AUGUCUGUACUUCUGCAAACAUGCGCAUCGCGCCGCGCAACACCCUCACUUUGCUUCGCUGCUGCUCCAAUACCAUUCUCACUCUCUCGUUCGCCUUCGUUUGCUUCUAACAAGCGCUUUCUUGGCUUCCAAACGUCGCCCCGUUCCGUUCAUCUCCGCCGCAGUGUAACACAUUCUACCACAUAUCAAACCGCGCCCUUACGGACACCCACUUUCUGA